CCUGUUGCCUCUCCAUGGACACUCUGUGGCCACCAUUGCUGGCCUCCUCCCUUGGGGCAGCUUGUAGCAGUUGCCGCUUGGAGAGCAGGUAAGCAAGAGGAGAGGCAGCGGCUGCCAAGGCCCAACCCCGCCUUACGUGCCAGUUCUGAGGGGCAGGCAGGGGGCAGGGUUGCCCUGGGUGGGAAGAAAAUGGACGUAGAGCAGAGCACAAGGAGCCUUGAUUUAAACAAAAAAAUACAGUAGACAUUCAGAUUGUGAACGUGAUCUGUGCUGGAAGCAUGUUCACAACCCACAGCAUUUGCAACCCACAGCACCGCGUGUGCGUGCGCGGGGGUCGCAAUUUGGUGCUUCUGUGCAUGCGCAAAGCACGAUUUAGCACUUCUGCGCAUGCGCAAGCGCCAAAACCCAGAAGCAACCAGUUCCAGUACUUCUGGGUUUGGCGCAGUGCGCAACCCGAAAUCGCACAACCCGAAGCGUCUGUAACCCAAGACUGUACAUUGUAUGUCAGUGUCUAAUCUUGCCCCUUUCUAAAAUUUAUUUAUUGGUGUGUGUUUUUCCUAUUUAAAAAAUCUACCAAACACUCAAAUCGAAUCGGGAUUAAGAGGCUUCCUUGGGACAGUGGGGGGCAUGUGACUUCUUGGUGAAGUGGGGGUGGCACUCGCCCUUCUAAUAGGAAAUGCUUGGGACACACACACAAAAAUGGGGUGUCAAGGAGGGUCCGGGGUGAGAAAUGUUGCUACUUUCAUCAGAGGAAUGUUGGCGGGUAUGAUCUCCAUUCAUUAUUAUUUUUUAACCACUGUAAAUAUGGAGACCAAAUAAGGUCUGCUUACUAAAUCAUUUCAAACAGACCAGUCCAGUUGAGUUGGAUUAUACAAACCUGGGGCCCAGAUUCAACAUUCAUGAAAUCCAGCACAACAUUUGCGCUAGCAGAAGCGGGUUGUUCCACAGGAAGUACUGGGCUGCAGCAAUCGGCUGAGCAACCAGCUACAAAAACUGUGGUGGCUUCCUGAAUCUUCCCUUGCACGAGCCAUUCUGCUAGCACCACCAGCACACCACGAAGGGACUUUAACUUAGCAGGACAAUGAACUCCUCCCAUGAUUCUAGCAUCUUAAAGUCACCAUAAAGCAAACUGUCUGUCAUUAAAGCAUGUCAACAGUAAUAUAACCAGCAGCCACUAUAUGGCAGUACAAAUGGGACAAAAGCUAACAAAGUAUAUACGUCAUAGAGCCUACAAAUCUAAAGUGCACACAGUUAAUGUAUUACUUUAACCUUCAUAUCAAAUGAAACAGUAUUUGUUAAAAAGAAGCAGACCUACAAGGCCACACACAGGAGAAAGUCAUUUGGAUGAUCCAGAAACACAGGCCACACACACAGCAGUAAUCAAUCCACAUUUAUUGUCCACCCUAAAAGUUUCAGAUACAGGACAGAAAAUUUUGACAGCAGGUCUUUCUUCAGUCUCUACAUUGCUGGGUUAAAGGUUCUUCAAGCCAUGAAGACCAGGGUGAACUUUCCCAGAGUGGAGAUGGAAUAAAGUAGAUGGGGUGUGUACUAAAAUGCCAGUGGGGAUUUUAUUUUAUUUUUUAAGUAAGCUGAUGUGGAAAUAACCAAUUAAUAAAUCAUGUUAUUUGUAUGUCACUUUUCCAAGGUUAAAACCAUAUCAAUGUAGCAUACAAUGAAUUAAAAAAUUACAUAAUUACAGACAUAACAAAAUAUGCCAUAAACAAUAAAGACAUCAAAAAGUACAUAACCAAACUGAACCAAUUCCACAUAAAUCAUAAGAAGAUCUAAAAUGAGAAACUGAGUGAAACCACAACUGACAGAUUCACUCACCCUUAAUUUCAAUGCAUAUGCAUGGACACUAUCCUCUCAUGGAGUGCCUGCCCACUGUCUCGCCAGAGGGUACAUGCUCUGGUCAUCUCCUGCUUGGACUACGGCAAUGCGCUCUGUGUGGGGCUACCUUUGAAGGCGACUCAGAAACUACAAUUAAUCCAGAUUUCAGCUGCCAGACUGGUGACUGGGAGCAGCUGCCAGGACCAUAUAACACUAAAAGAACUACAUUGGCUCCCAGUACAAUUCAACAUGCCGGUAUUGACCUUUAAAGCCCUAAACAGCUUUGGCUCUGUAGACGUGAAAAAGCAUCUCCAUCCCCAUCGUUUAGCCCAGACACUGAGGUCCAGCUCCAAUGGCCUUCCAGUGGUUCCCUCAUUGCGAGAAGUGAAGUUGCAGGGAACCAGGCAGAGAGCCUUCUCUAUAGUGGCGCCCACCCUGCAGUAUGCCCUCCCAUCAGAAGUCAAAGAGAUAAAUAAGUAUGUGGCCUUCUGUAGACAUCCGAAGGCAGCCUUGUAUUGGGAAGUUUUUUAUGUGUGAUGUUCUGUUGUGUUUUUGUAUGUUUUGUAGGAAGCCACACAGAGUGGCUGAGGCAACCCGAUAAGAUGGACGGGAUACAGAAAAUAAUUUUUUGUUGCUGCUGCUGCUGCUGUUAUUUCAUACCUUGCUAAAAGACCAUUUUGAGCAGUUGAUAUUGUAGGACAAUUAUUAUUAUUUUCUCCUAGGAAAAGAAUUGCUCCCCCUUUGGUAUUUUUCAAUCAAUGGAGGGCAAGGUUAUCGAAUAGUCAAGUAAUACAGAAAGUGGUGAAGAGCCUUUCAUUGCUCUGAAAUGUGUUUUUAUUUAUUUUUAAGAGUCUUCUUUUAGCAUCAUAGUAAUUCUUACUAUGCGCUGGAUUAUGGAGAAAGUUAGAGAGUUCCAGAAAGACAUCUACUUCUGCUUCAUUGACUAUGCAAAAGCCUUUGACUGUGUCGACCACAGCAAACUAUGGCAAGUUCUUAAAGAAGUGGGAGUGCCUGAUAACCUCAUCUGUCUCCUGAGAAAUCUCUAUGUGGGACAAGAAGCUACAGUUAGAACUGGAUAUGGAACAACUGAUUGGUUCAAAAUUGGUAAAGGAGUACGGCAAGGCUGUAUAUUGUCUCCCUGCUUAUUUAACUUAUACGCAGAAUUCAUCAUGCGGAAGGCUGGGCUGGAUGAAUCCCAAGCCGGAAUUAAGAUUGCCAGAAGAAAUAUCAACAACCUCAGAUAUGCAGAUGACACAACCUUGAUGGCAGAAAGUGAGGAGGAAUUAAAGAACCUUUUAAUGAGGGUGAAAGAGGAGAGAGCAAAAUAUGGUCUGAAGCUCAACAUCAAAAAAACGAAGAUCAUGGUCACUGGUCCCAUCACCUCCUGGCAAAUAGAAGGGGAAGAAAUGGAGGCAGUGAGAGAUUUUUCUUUCUUGGGCUCCAUGAUCACUGCAGAUGGUGACAGCAGUCACGAAAUUAAAAGAAGCCUGCUCCUUGGGAGAAAGGCGAUGGCAAACCUAGACAGCGUCUUAAAAAGCAGAGACAUCACCUUGCCAACAAAGGUCCGUAUAGUUAAAGCCAUGGUUUUCCCAGUAGUGAUGUAUGGAAGUGAGAGCUGGACCAUAAAGAAGGCUGAUCGCCGAAGAAUUGAUGCUUUUGAAUUAUGGUGCUGGAGGAGACUCUUGAGAGUCCCAUGGACUGCAAGAAGAUCAAACGUAUCCAUUCUGAAGGAAAUCAGCCCUGAGUGCUCACUGGAAGGACAGAUCCUGAAGCUGAGGCUCCAAUACUUUGGCCACCUCAUGAGAAGAGAAGACUCCCUGGAAAAGACCUUGAUGUUGGCAAAGACUGAGGGCACAAGAAGAAGGGGACGACAGAGGACAAGAUGGUUGGACAGUGUUCUCGAAGCUACAAACAUGAGUCUGACCAAACUGCGGGAGGCAGUGGAAGACAGGAGUGCCUGGCGUGCUCUGGUCCAUGGGGUCACAAAGUCGGACACGACUAAACGACUAAACAACAACAACAACAAUUGUUACUGUUAUUAAUGACAUUGAUAUACAACCUUUUCCAAGGACAUUUUAUCAUAUGUGGUGGGACUGUAAUGUAAUUUUAAAAAAUUGGGAAAUGAUAUACAAUGGAUUGAAGAAAAUGUUCCACCUAACAUUUGUUAAAAAACCCAAAGCAUUUCUGUUAGGGAUUGUAGGGAAAGACCUGCCAAAGAAGUUGAAAAACAUCUUUAUGUAUGUGACAACGGCGGCCAGUCUUAAUAGCACAAGGAUGGAAGACUGAGGAAACCCCGACUAAAGAACUAUGGCAAGAGAAAUUGAUGGACUAUGCAGAAUUGGCAAAACUGACACAUAAAUUACGAGACAAGGAUAACUGUGACUUUAAAGAUGAAUGGGAACCUUUUACAAAGUACUUAAAGACGCAACAAAGUGAACUGGACUCCUUGGCAGGUUUUGAAUAAACACUCACAAACUUUUUAUUGAUAACAACCAGUUAGACAAAUGAAGGAUCCAUACAACUUUGUAACAUGCAGAGAAUAGCUUUUAUAGAGAAACCAGAGAUUGGAACGGAGGGAAGUCGGAGGGGGGGUGGGGAGGAGGGUGGGAGGGGGGGUUGUUUUAUGGGAGGGAGGGGAGGGGGGAAAUGGGGGGAAAUUAAGGAUGAUAUGUGUUCAAGAUAAUACGUUUUGUUUAAAUUCCUAAUAAAAAAUUAAUGAAAAAAGGGGGGGAGAUAUACAGUGGCACCUCGGGUUACAUACGCUUCAGGUUACAUACGCUUCAGGUUACAGACUCCGCUAACCCAGAAAUAGUGCUUCAGAUUAAGAACUUUGCUUCAGGAGAAGAACAGAAAUCGUGCUUCGGUGGCGCGGCAGCAGCAGGAGGCCUCAUUAGCUAAAGUGGUGCUUCAGGUUAAGAACAGUUUCAGGUUAAGAAUGGACCUCCAGAACGAAUUAAGUACUUAACCCGAGGUACCACUGUAUAACCUUUUCCUCCAAGAAGUUCAAGUGGGUGGAAAUGUUUCUCCCCCUCUCACAACAACCCUGUGAGGUAACUUAGGCUGAGAGGCAAUGGCUGGCCCAAGGUCACCUCACUGACGGGAACUGCUUUCCUGUUUCAACCGAGUAACCGCACCCGGUUGGAUUAUUCAUUACCUAACCCCUCAUUCUACCCACUUCCCUUCCAGAUAGUGAGAAACAGGAAAGUCACCGAAUCAAAGAGCCCGAGUGAUACCCAAGAGUCCGUUGAGCAAAGAAGAAGAAGAGCCCGGAGCUUUUCACUGCAAAAGGCAAGCAUCCUGGAGGAAGAAGAUUCAGAGUGGUUGGUCAGGUACCACAACAGCAGGAAGGCAAAGUGCAGGGAAGGAAUUGAAGGUACCACCUGAGAGAGAGAGAGACGGAGAGACAGCAGGUCACCCAUCAGCUCAUCGGGGCAGCCAGAACAGAAAAAGCGUGGAGGAUGGAGAAAGGAGAAGAAACUCUUGUUGCAGAACUGCAAAGUGAGAUAGAAGGAGGAGAGCAGAUGAACACCAUGAGCAAUGAGAAGCCACCUAUUCUCCCAUCUGGAGAAGAACCCUCACAAGUGUUCAAUCCACUGAUCCCUCCUGCUGGGCCAGCACCACCCAUGGAUUAUGGGGCACCCCCCAUGGGCUAUGGGGCACCUCCCCCUUUCCAACCCGCAUACCCAGUUUAUUAUGCCCCACCCGGUGCAGGGUCCACAGAAGAUCCCGUCCUUCAGCCACCACAGACCAUCACCAUCACACCUGUACAACCCUGCAAUGAACCCGAUCACCUGGGCUACUCCAUCUUUGCCAUGCUCUGCUGCUGUCCACUCCUUGGUAUUGCUGCCUUAGUUUACUCUAUACAGGUGAGUGUGCAAGAAAGAGGGAGGGAAGGAGGGAGGGAAGCAGUGUUAUGGGUACAAGGGGAAUCCCUCAUGAUAAAAUAUCCAGGCAAACAGUUAAGCUUUAGUUUUUACUAAAUUCAAGCUUGUUUCCGUUUAGGUGAGUCAGAGCCUUCCAUUCCCAGAGGGAGCAAGCUCCCCACAUUGUCCUCAGUCAAUUGUCCAUUCCUCGGCGGAGGGGGGGGUCAUUAUCUUUGAUGAACCAAGAUCCUCACUUGCCAACCCCUGAUCUACACCUCUUAUGACAUUAUACAAUGAUGCAUUGUAUUAUAUUUUCCAAUCAUGCAGAGACAAUGUAAAACAAAAGCCAAAGCAAACAUUGAGGUAAUAAUUUAAUAAUAAUAAUAAUAAUAAUAAUAAUAAUAAUAAUAAUAAUAAUAAAGGUUGCUAUGUUGAACUUAUCUAGAUAAAGAUCUCGAAGUAUAUGGAUUUGAUUGCCCUUGUUAUACAAGUUCCUAAUGAAAAGGCCCAUUUUUCAGCAAAGUAGUCACAGUUCUGUCUGCCUCCUGUCACCCAAAUCAGAUUAGUCCUUUUCACCAUUGAGGCUGUGUACCAGACUUCAAUCAGCUAAUUUUUCGAGAUCAGCAAUUGAAUUUCCCCCGAAUUAUAACCAUAAGCAUAAAUUAUGGGGAUGCUUACAAGGGAGCCCAACUCCAUGAGCAUGAAAGGAACCCUGGCUGAGGGAGCAGAUGUCCUACUUUGCAUCCCAAGUCCCAUCUUUAAAAUAAAGGAAGGAAGAGGAGGCAGUUGAAGUUGCCCUUCAGCAGUGAGCAGCUGGACAGCAGACUAAGCAGGGGUGAUGCUUGAGACCCACCUUGGAUGCUCCACCCUGGUCAUUUUCCUUUUGCCCACGCCCUUCUUUCUCUUGCUGCUGUAGCCCCCCAAAAGUUGCCUCAAGCAACGUCUGGCUGUCUUGAGUCCUUGGGGCCCUCCCUGGGAGUGGGGUAGUCAAGGUUUUCUUGGCUGCGAGGAGAAGCCCAGGUCGGUUCCUUUCCUGGGGUCAAACCCAGCAAGGCAAGUUGUGCUGGACCAUCGCAGCAAAAAAGGAAAAAUCCAUCUGCCCUUCUCAGGAGCUGCACAGAUCCAGGACCAAAGACUUCCCCACCUUAAAGCCUAACUGGCUUAUUGUGUGGGUGCCACAGGAAGGGCCACCAUCACCAGCCUUGUGAUGGGGGGCUUUCCCCCCGGAGUUGUGCAAUUUCCGCAGAUGAGAGGCAAGCAAACCUGGAGUUGGGAUCCAGUCCAGCCUCCUUCAAUGGCCCAAGCUGCAGUCUGUCUCUGUCUUUCUCCUGUAACCUCUGCGGUGGAAAUGCUUUGGAACUGAGUGUCCAAAGGCACCCUGGUGGUUCCCCGCAAGGAAGAGCCUCUUGUGGUUGGCUGCUCUGCCCUAACUCCUCUUAAGGGGGUCUCUGAUCGGGGAGGGGGGCCUCUUGUGGCUGCUGCUCCCCCCACCCAGCAGCUUCCAGAUUGUGAAGGAAGAGGGGCAGGGCCCACACAGACGUCCAAGAUUCAGCCAUGACAUGAGGGGCAUAGCUGGGCAGGAGGUCUAGGCUGACUCCUGGUCUUGGCAGCCCUACUGCCAUCAGGAGAAUGGGUGACAUGGGGCACAGCCUCUUGAAUAGCACAAAAAGGUAUGCAGGGCCUGGAGUGAAGGGGUAGCUCUGUGGGCUGAAACUCCUGAGAAUCAUAGAAUUGUCAAGUUGGAAGGGACCCCAAGAGUCCAACCACCUGGAAUGCAGAAAUCUCAAUGAGGUCAUACAUGACAGGUGGCCAUCUAACCUCUACUUAAAAACCUCCAAUGAGGUCCACCACCUCUUGUGAGAGUCCAUCCCAUCAUCAAACACUCUUACCGUCAGCAAGUUUAGUCAGAAUCUCCUUUCUUGUAACGUGAAGCCAUUGGUUCAGGUCCUACCCUCAGGAACAGGAGAAAACAAGCUUGCUCCAUCCUCCAAGCUUGGGCUUGCAAGCUUUAGGACCAUUACUGGAAAUCCAUGUGUCUCCCAGAAGGUGUGGAGAUGUUGGAGAUGGCGCAGGUAUGCCAGGUGAGCAUGCGAGGCUGGAGUGCCCUUGGUACCGUUUGGACAAUGGGCCAGGCCAGAGAAGAAAGGUUAUCCAGUGUGGUGGUUAUCCAGAGCCAGUGUGGUGUAGUGGUUAAGAGCGGUGGACUCAUAAUCUGGUGAACCGGGUUCGCUUCCCCGCUCCUCCACAUGCAGCUGCUGGGUGACCUUGGGCUAGUCACACUUCUCUGUAGUCUCUCAGCCUCACUCACCACACAGAGUGUUUGUUGUGGGGGAGGAAGGGAAAGGAGAAUGUUAGCCGCUUUGAGACUCCUUCGGGUAGUGAUAAAGCGGGAUAUCAAAUCCAAACUCCUCUUCUUCUUCUUCUUCUUCUUCUUCUUCUUCUUCUUCUUCUUCUUCUUCUUCUAUCAUCCAGUUCAUCCCAGGCACUUUCACUUAUCUCUCUUCCUAGACCCGAGAUGCCAACCGCAUGGGAAGGACCGUGGAUGCAAAGCAAACAUCCAGGCGGGCACUGAAGUUCGCCCACUCAGCAGUUGGCAUGGGGAUUGUAUUCCUCAUUAUGAACAUCGCACGACUGGUGCUUUUCCGUGACGAGAACUGAAGAGGCCUGGGACGGAGGCACCGGAAUGGGGUGCAAGAUGCCUUGGACUCCAAUGCUGCGCCACAGUGGGAAACAAGACAAGGUGCAAAUGCCAUAAACUCUGCACUCCCCUCAUUGAAAGCUUCCAGUGUAGAAUAAACCAAACUUCUUAAAGAUGCUACAGUCUCUGCUGCAUCUUGAUUCUCAACCAUGGCUCAGCGUCUGGAACCCCUGAUAUCUUGCUACCGCCCAGCAGAGCGGGGGGACGGGGGGUGCACAACCUUUGUAGCUAUAUAAGCAGCCCUUGAAGAUGCAUUUUAAAAAAAAACUAUUACAUUUUCUGUUUUACAUUUUAGAAUAUUCAUUUUUACAUCCUUAAGAUAGCAUUGGCUUCCCUUCUUCUCUUUCCAUGGUUCAUUUUACAUAUCAUAAAUCCCUGCAUAUUUUACAGAAACUAUACCAUUCAGUAUUCCAUUAUUAUGUACAUCAUAACUUAUUUACACAGUUGAAUUUAUCUUAGCGCUGCC